AGUUGGAGGCUGUGUUCGCCGAGGCCUUGCUGCGUUGCCCCGGGAGACGGGGGAGGCGAUUGGUGGGGUGAAAUGGAGCCGCCGGGGACCCCGGCGGGGUCCGGCACUUCGGCCCAGGCGCUGGUGCCCGUCCAGGCCGAGACUUCCGCCGUAGCUGUGCCGCAGGAGGCUCCCCAGGAAGCCCCCAAGUGCCGCAAGAGGGUCCUGGACGAGGACGCCUACAUUCAGAGUCUGGAGAAAAUCAUCCAGCGGGACUUUUUCCCUGAUGUUGAGAAGCUCCGUGCUCAGAAGGAAUAUUUGGAGGCUGAAGAAAGUGGUGAUCUGGAGAAGAUGAGACAGAUAGCCAUCAAGUUUGGCUCCUCGUUGGGCAAAUCUUCCAGAGACACUCCUGCGCCUUACGUCACCCCAGCAACCUUUGAAACCCCUGAAGUUCAUCCUGGUGAUUCUUCCGUGUUGAGUAAGCCCAAGUUCACAGUGAAAUCUCUAGAUGAAGGAGAAGUGGAGGAGGAAGAAAACAAAGAUGCCUUGCCCUGUUUGGACAAAUUCUUGGCCAAACACACCAGUGAGGAUAAUGCUUCCUUCGAGCAGAUCAUGGAAGUGGCCAAAGAGAAGGAGAAAGUACGGCAUUCUUGGCUUUAUGAAGCUGAAGAGGCAUUUGCCCAGCGGCAUCAGGAACAGCUAGCUCUUCCGUCGCUGGAGGAGCAGCAGGCCCUGGGGAGUGGCAAAGCUGGGGUGGAGACGUGGGAAUACAAGGCAAAGAAUUCCCUCAUGUAUUAUCCACCAGGAGUCCCUGAUGAGGACGAUGUGUUUAAAAAGCCACGUGAGGUUGUUCACAGAAACACCCGCUUCUUGAAGGAUCCGUUUAGCCAAGCAGUAAGCAAGACCCAACUUCAGCAAGCAGCAGCCCUCAACGCUCAGUACAAACAAGGCAAAGUGGGGCCUGAUGGGAAGGAACUUAUUCCCCAGGAAUCUCCAAAGGUAAACGGAUAUGGAUUUGUGGCUACGCCUUCCCCUGCUCCUGGUGUGAAUGACUCCCCUCUUAUGACCUGGGGUGAGAUAGAAAGCACCCCUUUGCGGUUAGAAGGGUCCGAUACACCAUAUGUGGACAGGACACCGGGACCAGCCUUCAAGAUCCUGGAACCUGGGCGCCGAGAGAGGCUUGGGCUGAAGAUGGCCAAUGAGGCAGCUGCUAAAAACAGAGCCAAGAAGCAAGAAGCCUUGAGGAGGGUCACCGAGAACCUUGCCAGCCUCACUCCAAAAGGGCUAAGCCCGGCCAUGUCUCCCGCCUUGCAGCGCCUAGUGAACCGGACUGCUAGCAAGUUCACUGACAAAGCUCUGCGAGCCAGUUACACCCCGUCCCCUGCACACCUGGGAACCCCCGGCUACAAGACGCCCUCCGGCGGACUGCAGACGCCCACGGUCACCCCAACCCCCAGGACGCUCUCUCAAACCCCAGUCGCUCAGGAUCCCGCCUCCAUUACGGACAAUCUGCUGCAACUCCCCAAAAGACGUAAAGCGUCGGACUUCUUUUGACCUUGUCCUCUUGUGUGUGUGUGUGGGCGGGGGCUUGGCAGUGCCCCGCUAUAUCAAUGCUGCUGAAGAAACACACCCACCGUUGACCAAAAGCAACAGGAGAAGUUUGCUUGGGUUCAGGAUAGUUUCUGCCUUAUAGUGCUGAGUUGCCCUAGCUCUUUAUAGGAGGUGAGGAGUAGCAGGUGGAGAGCAAUCCUUUGAGUUGAACAUUCCCUCUUGUAAACCUCUGGAUCGGUUGCACAGGAAGAGGAAGACAGUAGCCAAAAUUGCUUGCACAGCACCAGCCUUUUGGAUGCAGUUUCCUUUUUGCCUUGGGGUGCUCUCCUCUUAAUUUAUUAAAGACAGGUUUAACCUAAAGGCCUGGCAGAAAUUUGCAUUGUGGUGCGGCUCUGGCGCCCCUCGUCGUGAGAUGAAAAACUCAGGAAGAGCUAGCUUCCAGGUGGGGCGUUGUGUUGCUGCCUUGGCAUCUCAGUGGCCUGGCACGGUUGGCAAGGUGUCUGCACCUGGUUAAGCUUGGCAGCACGUCCUCGCCUUAGAGACUGACUAAAGGUAUGGUAUGUUUCUCUUGGCCUGGGAGCUGAGAAAGGUUUUUGCUUCACAGGAAGCAAAAAUAAUUGAUAUUCUUCCAUUCUUCUCCUACAGAGAUCCUGAGAGGCUUGCUUAUUUGUAGAAAGUAGGCUAGCUCGGAUUUCUAAAGCUUAUGGGCUCAUAAAACUUGGAUUGGAUCCAGUUGAUCAGGUCUAACUUAAUCUCGCUUUGAGCAGCCCUGCCGGUGGUCUCCUGUACUUUGGAUCCGGUCCAGCAUAAACCCAAAAGCACAUGCAGAGCUGGGCAAGGUUUUGAAAGCCUGUUAACAAAACUUCAAAGCCAAAACAAAAAUCUGAGAACGGGGCAGCAAAGAUAAGAGUGACCCUUACUAUAACUGGUGCCAGUGAAAGAACAAAUUCUAUGCUAAAAGCUCAUUGUAGCAAGCUUGGUGAAGAACAUGACAAGCUGAACAUCUGGCAGAUAGCAUUGCCAUUCAGCAGGAGACUGUACUUUGGCUUUGAGUGAUUUGUUGCAGGCACGUAGUUAUGCCCUUUGCAGCUUCCCUACUUGGUUAAUGUGUCUGAAGCUUUUUUGCACCCGCAGCUUAAGAGUAACAGAUUGAAAUGACUUCCUGGAUUGAAGGAUUGAAAAUAAAGGCCUAGGCAUAAAGGCUUUAAUAUGCUCAAUUUGGAUGUUGCUGAUUUUCUAGGUAUGAGGGUGACUAAUAUGACACUGAAUAAAUAUGACAUUUUAGUUUUUUGAGUGGUUGAUUUCCAGUGUUUCGCUCUAGUGGGCAAAGAUCUCAUGGCUGUCCUCUUUGGAUACUGUCCAUUAUGAUAGGAGAAGCAGGAGAGUGAAUCGUGAGCCAGAGAUGGAAAUGGGUUUGGUAAGAGCUCACAGGUUCAUUAAUAUAAAAAUUAAAAGGGGAGCCAAGAAAUAUCCCUGCGCGACUCCUUUGUUGGAGUAGGUCCAAUCAAUACUCUGUCAUUCGUACAUCUAAUCUGCAUUGUUGUAUUUUCAUGGAAGCAGUUGGGUCUGAAUUUCUGAGAUCUCGCCUCAGACUUCCCCACUCGUGGCACACAC